UCUCCUCUCUCCCUCUCUCGGCCGCACGACCCCUUCUCUCUCUUGCACGUCGUUCUUCUGCUAGCGCCGGAAAAUGCUAGUUUCCGGCCACCACCUCUCGUCACCGCCACCACCAAUCGGUCCGACACCUAGUUUCGACGCAAGCCCAGGCCAAAUCGACGAGUUCUACCGAGCCUAGCCACCAUGCACAGCAACCACAGUCCCCGCGAUUUUGUCUCCUUCAAUUUCGGCGACUCCCUCAGCUCACCGCUGCCGCCAACGUGUUUGGAUCAAGCCAAGCCACAAAACCCAAAUGUUUCUCCUCCAAUCGACGCCGGAAAGCUGCUAUAUGCAUCACUGCCGGUGACUCCGAAUCUGCUUGUCCUCGUUCUCCAAUCUCCAGCCCAAAUUGAGCUGCACAACCACCAAAGUUGGAAUCAGAGCCUCCUCAUUCUUCAAAACCCUUUGGUCCCGACCUUUGCUUCGGCCAGAACCGUUGCACGCGCUGCCGCUGCCGUGUGGACCACCGUGGCUCCGCCACCGGAAUUCCAGGCCACCUUUAUUAGUUUUUGAUUAUGAGUUAUGAAGUUUUUGGAGAAAGGAAUGGGCAUUGGUUCAGUUUGAUGUAUAAUGAAGGAAGGAAGGAGUUCGAAUGGUUGUUGGUGGUGGAGGACUACACUUAUUUAGAAUUGGCCCUCUGUUUGAAGAUGAAGAAUUGGACUCGAGCGUGACUACUUGAGAUAGAACGAAAGCUCAAUAUCGAAAAUGAUUGAACGGAGAAAUUUCCGAGCUCUUGACUUGGGAUGGAUGAGUUGACGAUUAUUGCAUUUGAAUCACUUGUGCAGGUUAGAUUAGUCGUGGUCGGGCGUACAUGGAGUCGAGGCAUAGUCCACAACAUAGCUUCCGUGCAUUCAUUUUAUUUCUAUUUUCCUUAUUUAUCUGUUAUUAGAGCUGCUCUGAUAACCUGUGGGAUUCAUGUUAUCAAGUUAUCAAGUUGAUAGUUGUACUUUUUGAAAUGGAAGUUGAUGUUAUUUGGGGAGCAGGGCGGCUCCAGGAGAAUAAGGAUGGAUUGAUUUAGAAGUGUAAAAUUUUCCUACAUGUUUGGGUAGCCUACUUUUAGGGGAAGUUUUGCCAAAUUUUUGGUAGAAUUUCUUCUAAGGUGGGCCCCGCAGGGUCACUCCGGAUUUCGGGGUGAAAUCCGGGGCGGGUCCUGUCAUUACGGCUCCCAUGUUGUUCUUUGACUCAACCCCUGUUGGGCGGAUUCUUACACGAGCUUCAUCAGAUUUAAGUGUAUUGGAUUUUGACAUACUGUUCUCUAUUAUCUUUGCUUUGACCGCUGGUAUUGAUGUGCUCACAGUCAUUGGAAUUAUGGCUUCUAUCACAUGGCAAGUUCUCAUUGUAGCCAUUCCUUCCAUGUUUGCUGUUCAAUAUGCUCAGGUAGAUCAGAAUUAUAGUUUCUUGAUUUUCUUCAAUUUUGUUGAAGGAAAUCGACUUUGUGUGCCUUAUCAAACUAGGAUUAGUUCUAUGAUUUUAAUAGGAGAGAAGGUUCUAGAAUUCCUAGACCUAUUCGGAAUAGUUUUCCUUGUAUCAUUAGAAUAUGUACUUUAUAAUCCCUACAUAUAGGGCUCCUAUUAUCAAUAGUGGAACACACAAUUCUCUCAUCAAUCUCUCUCGAAUUCUCUCAUUCUAAAACACGUUAUCAGCACGAGCCCUAACUCAAAAGCAAAAGAAAACCAAAACCCAAAAAUCCGAAAACCUUCUAGCUUCACUACCGCAGCACCUAGCCCAGGCUAGCCUUGCCGUGACGCGCUAAAAGUAAGCGCGCAAUUUAACCCUGCAAAAUGUAGUUGUCAGUAUAGAAUAAGUAGGGAUCAUUCAAGCCGGGGAUUGAGGAUACACCUGUAAUUGCAAAAAAAAAUAAUAAUAAUUAUUAAUAAAAGUAAAAAGUAUUAUUUACAAAAAUAAAACAAAGAAUAAAGAUAUAUACAAGUAAACACAAAUAAGGGGGUUCUAAGAUUAUUAAAUCAAAAAUUAAAUAAAUAAAAUAAAGAAAAUGUAAAAACAUAUAUACAAGAGUGGAACGCAAGGAACAAAGAUCAAAACCACAAUCAUAUGCAUGAAAUCCAAUUACAAUUCCUAUAGUCGAUUUUCUAUGUCAUGAGAGAGAAGUUGACCAUGUGAAACGUUAAUAAGCAAACGAUUUCCCAUAUUUUACUUUCCUUGAAUAAUUGAUCUAAGUGAAAGCACCUAAAUCAAUCCUAUUGAACGUGCAAUCAUAGUCUAGAAAGCUAGCUAAUCAAGAACACAUUCAACGCAUGAAGAACAAAGAAAUGAUGUUAACCAAAGUGCACAACCUAGUAUGAAAAAGUUCAUCUAUUUGCAAUCCUCCUUAAUUGAUUUUGACUUUUGUCCAAAGCCUUUACUACUUAUGAUUUAGGGUCACAAAACUAUUAGGUGAAUUGUUAACCUAAAUCUAGCUCCAAUUACAUGCAUAUAUCCUAAGUUGGCCACCAAAGAACAUAAACAUGCAAAAGUUUUCUGUAAUCCAAAAUCAAUUAAGCAAUCUCACAUAAGCAACAUAUAAAAAUCACAACUUUAUUUCAAAACAUAUAAACGAGCUUUAAACUUUGCCCUUAACGUCAUGUUAACUAGAAUUCAUAACUCUACGAAUCAAACAAAGGAAAACAAAAGAAAGUACGAAAUACACCGUGAAAGAUGAAUGACGAAGCCUUGAGACGAAGAACUUGAAAAUCCUUGAAAGCAAGCAAUCUUCUAGGGAUGACACAAUGGUGGAUGGCGGCUAGGAUCUUGAUGUAUUGUAUAACUUCUUCUCCUCCUUGGUUGAGACGCAGAGCUUCUGAAGACUAGAGAAUGGAGAGAAUUUUUGGUGUGUAGAAUUAUGGGAGAAGUGGUGUGGUGAAUGCUCCUAUUUAUAGGAGGAUGGAAACUUGGUCUCCAAGUCUUCAUGAAUCUUCUAUUAAUUUCCUAGGAAUUAUCUACUCAUGCCACACAGCUUCAACCAAAUUAUCUGCUCAUGCCAAACUAAAUUAAAAUUGAUUAAGUAAAGGAAAUAACUAAGAAAAAUAUGAGGAAAUAAUUAUUAAAACGUUGCAUAAAAAUGCUCCUAUCAUGUCGAACGCCUGCUGCCCCUGUAGCACCGCCGUACGCCCUAGCCUGCCCUUGUAGCCCUCUCAGUCUUCCCUGCUGUGCCCGGCCAGCUUGGCCAUACUCUUGGCCGCACCUCACCUCGCACGAAACCUGGCCACAACUGCCACACACCUCCUCUACUCCAACUUGAACUGCUCUUGGCCUCAUCCUCAUCUAUCACACACCCGUGUGCUCCCCAAGGCCUUCCAUCCACACCAACUCGGCCUACGUCAUCUUCCAACUUCAAGGAUUCAAGAACUCAAGUUUUCAAGCUACGAAAUAACAAAAUUAUUAUCUAGCCUCUGCAAGGGAACUAAUAAGGAUCAAUGGAACAACCAAAGCUCAUGUCAUCAACCAUGCAGCUAAGACAUCACUUGGAGUCAUGACUAUAAGAGCUUUUAACAUGGUUGACAGGUUCUUCCAAAAUUACCUAAAGCUAGUUAACACAGAUGCAGGACUGUAUUUUCAUUCUAAUGAAGUCAUGGAGUGGUUAAUUAUAAGGCCAGAAGCACUUCAGAACUUGACACUUUUCACUGCUGCUUUUCUCCUUAUUUUACUUCCCAGGGUUAUGUUGCUCCAGGUAUUUAUUCAUGCAGUUGUCCAUUUUUCAUACCGAGGAAUUUGAAGGAGUAAGAGUUUUGCCUCCUUUCAGCAAUUGUAGAGCACAAAAGGCCACCAUCUUCAUGGCCUCAAAAGGGUAGGAUAGAGGUGUUUUCUCUGAAGGACAGAAGCUGCUUGGUAAUUGAAAGAACAACAUUACAUUUUCAUAAAUCGAGGUCAGCCAUAGAGAUUUCUACGGCAGUCCGGCUUCCUUGAGGAGUUGACUACUUGGUAAAUAGUACAUACACUACUAAGUUUCUAUGUGAAUUGUUGAUUGGAGAAUACAUUUGCUGCUAUCUUACACUUGCAGUGAAGCAAUAUUCAGUAUUCUGGGAGUACUUACCCCUCUGGAUUUUUGAUUCAGAACAUGAAUUGGGUUCUUAAAAUGCACUGAAGAAACUAGCGUUGAUGCUGUACACCUGCUCUUUCUCUUUGCUUUUUUCCUUAUAUUAGAAGCAUUUUUCUAGCCUACUAGCAUUCAUGUGUACUCUUAGAAAUCCCAGUAACUCUGUCGAUAAACGAGGCAUGGAUAGCAGUCUAUCUGAGCCUUUGUUGGCCCAAAAUUCAGCUGGGAAAACCCAACAAACAGAACUAGGCCAUGCGAGUUUCCUUAGCAAACUGAUAUUUUCUUGGAUUAAUCCUUUACUGAAAUUGGGUUUCUCAAAAACUUUAGCUCUCGAAGACAUCCCUUCUCUGGUUUCUGAAGAUAAAGCCAAUGUAGCAUACCAAAAGUUUGCUAAUGCAUUUGAAUCACUGUCAAGAGAGAAGAGCUCAAGCACUAUGAAGAACCUGGUUCUCAGAGCCAUAGCAAAAGUUUACAUGAAAGAAAAUAUAUGGUUAGUAUUUUGUGCAUUCCUCAAGACUAUUGCAGUUGUAGCUUCCCCUCUUAUACUCUAUGGUUUUGUAAGUUACUCAAACAGUGAGACGGAAAGCCUCUCUGAAGGCCUCAUGUUAGUAGGGUGUCUAAUUAUCGCCAAAGUUGUUGAAUCUCUGAGCGAGAGAUGCUGGUUCUUUGAGUCGAGAAGGUGUGGAAUGAGAAUAAGGUCAGCCUUAAUGGUGGCAGUUUAUCGAAAGCAGCUGAAGCUUUCUAGUUUGGGAAGGACAAGGCACUCAGCUGGAGAGAUUGUGAACUACAUAGCGGUGGAUGCUUAUCGAAUGGGUGAGUUCCUCUGGUGGUUCCAUUCAAUGUGGAGCCUUUCAUUGCAACUAUUGCUUUGCAUUGUUGUUCUUUAUGUGGUGGUAGGUGUUGGUGCUCUGCCUGGCUUAAUUCCUCUAAUUAUUUGUGGUCUCCUCAAUGUGCCAUUUGCAAAGGUACUACAGAAGCGUCAGUCCCAAAUCAUGGUAGCUCAAGAUGAGAGGCUUAGAGCCACUUCUGAGAUCCUAAAUAGUAUAAAAAUCAUUAAGUUGCAAUCAUGGGAAGAGAAGUUCAAGAACUCGAUUGAUUCCCUUCGCGAAAGAGAGUUCAAACCAUUGGCUGAGGCACAAGUACACAAGGCUUAUGGAACUGUUUUGUUCUGGAUGGCACCAACUAUCAUUUCUUCAGUUGUUUUUGUAGGAUGCAUUGUUUUCCAGAGUGCUCCUCUAAAUGCAAUUACCAUAUUUACGGUUCUAGCAGCCUUGAAGAGCAUGGGAGACCCUGUCCGAGUUAUACCAGAAGCUCUUUCAGUAAUGAUCCAAGUCAAGGUCUCAUUUGAUCGGCUUAAUGCUUUUUUGAUUGAUGAAGAGAUAAUGGAUAAUGAAAUAAGAGAACUCACAUCACAGAAUUCAGAUGACAUCUUAAAAGUAGAAAAAGGUAUGUUCAGCUGGAAUCCUGAAUCAAGAAUCCCAAAUCUGACAGAUGUGAAUUUAGAAGUACAAUGGGAGCAAAAAGUUGCAGUUUGUGGAUCAGUUGGUGCUGGAAAAUCAUCUCUUUUGCUUGCUAUUCUUGGAGAAAUUCCCAAAGUCUCUGGAAAUGUUGAUGUAUUUGGAACCAUUGCCUAUGUUUCUCAGACAUCUUGGAUACAAAGUGGGACAGUUCGCGAUAACAUACUUUAUAGGAGGCCAAUGGAGAAGUCUAAAUAUCAGGAGACCAUAAAAGCUUGUGCUUUGGAUAAAGAUAUUGAUAGCUUUCAGCACGGGGAUCUUACUGAAAUAGGGCAGAGGGGCAUUAACUUGAGCGGAGGACAGAAGCAAAGGAUUCAGCUAGCAAGAGCUGUCUAUAGUGAUGCUGAUAUCUAUCUACUUGAUGAUCCCUUUAGUGCAGUUGAUGCAACUACAGCUGCAAUUUUAUUUCAUGAUUGUGUCAAGGUUGCUUUAGCAAAGAAAACUGUGAUUCUGGUGACUCAUCAAGUUGAAUUUCUCUCAGAAGUUGAUAACAUCUUGGUAAUGGAGGGCGGAAGAAUUACUCAAUCCGGAAGCUAUGAGGGUCUCUUGACAAAAGGAACUGCAUUUGAGCAGCUUGUGAAUGCUCAUAGAGAUGCAGUAACAACAUUGGACAGCCCAAACUACCAAACCCAAGAAGAAUCUGAGAAGGAAGAUAUGAUCCAGCCAGAAGAGUCUCAAAGGACUAAUCUCACUGGUGAAACUGAAGGGGAUACUUCCAUGGCGGGCAUUCCUGGGGUUCAGCUAACAGAAGAAGAAGAGAAAGAGAUUGGUGAUGUUAGCUGGAAGUCCUGUUGGGAUUAUAUUUUUGUUUCCAAGGGAACACUUCUUCUAUUCUCAGGGAUAUUAUCACAGUUUUGUUUUUCUAUUUUUCUGGCUGCUUCAACUUAUUGGCUAGCUCUAGGCAUUAAGAUUCCUAAUAUAACCAGUGCUACACUGAUUGGAGUUUACACUGCAAUUUCUUCACUCUGUGCUGUCUUUGUAUUUCUAAGGUCAUAUUCUGCAGCCCAUAUGGGAUUAAAAGCUUCUAGAGCCUUUUUUGAAGGUUUCACCGAUGCUAUAUUUAAAGCUCCCAUGUUGUUCUUUGACUCAACCCCUGUUGGGAGGAUUUUAACACGAGCUUCAUCAGAUUUAAGUACUCUAGAUUUUGAGAUACCCUUCUCCAUUAUGUUUACUGUUUCGGCUGUUAUUCAACUGCUGACAACUAUUGCAGUUCUGGCUUCCGUGAUAUGGGAAGUUCUCAUUGUAGCUAUUCUCGCUACUGUUGCUGCACAAUACAUUCAGAGAUAUUGUCAAGCCUCUGCAAGGGAACUAACAAGAAUCAAUGGAACAACCAAAGCUCCUGUUAUGAAUUAUGCAGCUGAAACAUCACUCGGAGUGGUCACUAUAAGGGCUUUUAAAAUGGUCAACAGGUUCUUCGACGACUACCUAAAGCUAGUUGACACUGAUGCCAGACUGUUCUUUCAUUCUAAUGCAACCAGGGAGUGGUUAAUAUUAAGGACAGAAGCACUUCAGAAUUUGACCCUUUACGCCACUGGUUUUCUCCUUGUUUUACUUCCUAAGGGAUACAUUUCUUCAGGGCUUGUGGGGCUCUCUCUUUCUUACGCCUUAACACUCACAACAACACAAAUUUAUCUGACUCAAUGGUAUUGCAACUUAGCAAACAACAUAAUAUCAGUUGAAAGGAUAAAACAAUUCAUGCAGAUUUCACCAGAGCCACCUGCAAUUGUGGAGGACAAGAGGCCACCAUUUUCAUGGCCUCAAAAGGGUAGAAUAGAGCUGCAUUGUCUGGAGAUAAAAUAUCGUCCGAAUUCUCCACUAGUUCUCAAGGGGAUCACUUGCACAUUUCAAGAAGGGACUAGAAUAGGAGUUGUUGGAAGGACAGGAAGUGGAAAAAGUACACUCAUAAGUGCUUUGUUUCGUUUAGUAGAGCCGAGCAGUGGAAAAAUUAUUAUAGAUGGACUUGAUAUCUGUUCUGUUGGUCUAAAAGAUUUGAGAAUGAAGCUCAGCAUCAUCCCUCAAGAAACAACUCUUUUUAGGGGCACCAUCCGAACCAACUUGGAUCCUCUAGGCCUUUACUCGGACAAUGAAAUAUGGACGGCUUUAGAAAAGUGUCAGCUCAAGGCAACAGUCAGCAGCCUGCCUAAUCUGUUAGACUCAUCUGUGAGUGAUGAAGGGGAAAAUUGGAGCGCUGGGCAGCGCCAGUUGUUUUGCCUUGGAAGAGUGCUUCUCAAGAGGAACAGAAUUCUAGUUCUAGAUGAGGCUACUGCUUCCAUCGACUCUGCAACAGAUGCCACUCUACAAAGAAUCAUCAGGCAGGAAUUUGCAGAAUGCACUGUGAUAAUUGUAGCUCAUAGAGUCCCAACAGUCAUAGACAGUGACAAAGUUAUGGUCCUCUCUGAUGGGAAGCUGGUGGAGUAUGAAGAACCUUCAAAGCUAUUGGAUACCAACUCCUACUUCUCCAAGCUUGUAGCUGAAUAUUGGUCCAGUAGCAAGACAAACUGAUAAUUGCCCAACCUGCGUGUCUACAACCAUUGAUAUCCAUCUGCUUCAUUUUCCAUUAUUUUGCACAAUUUUUGGUAAUUGACUAAUUGUGAGGUUAAGACUUGAGAGUGCUCUGUCUCUUAUUUCCGGCCAUGUUUUCUUUUGAUUUUUAUCAGUAAAACCUACUUUCUGGUAACUAUAUAUACGGAAUUAUGGCCUGAUGGGGUCUUCA